UUGACUCAGAUUUACAGGUGCGCUGAGAGGAAUAACUCCUGAGCAGGUGUACACAGGUGGACGGAAGUAAAGACCAUGGACUCCGUGGUCCGCCUGGUUCUGGUGCUGGUCGCUAUGGUGGCUCCAGUGUUCAGCGACCAGCACUCGCUGUACUACAUUUACAGCGCCCUCAACAAAGACGUGUCUCUACCAGGAAUCUACGAGUUCACAGCUCUGGGGCUGCUGGAUGACCGAGAGAUCGACUACUACAACAGUAAGGAGCAGAAGAAGAUUCCUAAACAGAGCUGGAUGAUGGAGAAGAUGCAGGAAGAUUACUGGGAAAAAGGAACCCUGUCUCGCAAGAGUAAAGAACAGUGGUUCAAGGUCAACGUGGAGAUUCUGAUGCAGAGGAUGAACCACAAUAACACGGAUCUACAUGUUCUUCAGUGGAGACACGGCUGUGAGAUCGAGGAGUCUAAUGGACAGGUGAAGUUUCUGAGAGGGAUUGAUGAGUACAGCUACGACGGAUCAGAGUUUCUCUCCUUCGAUGAUGAAAACAUGCGCUGGAUCGCUCCGGUUCAGGCAGCGGUAAUAACCAAGAACAAAUGGGAUGGUGUGGCCAUCCUGAACCAGUACACCAAGGGCUACCUGGAGAAAGAGUGUGUGGACUGGCUCACCAAAUUCAUGGAGUACGGAAAAGAAUCACUGAGAAAACACUCGGCUCCAGAAGUCCAUGCAUUUGAAAAGAAAUCUGUGACUGACCCAGGAAAGCUGACCCUGACCUGCCUGGCCACGGGAUUCUACCCCAAAGACGUGAAACUGUGCCUGAGGAAGUUCGGUACUUCACUUCCUGAACAUAUGCUGACUUCUUCUGGAAUCAGACCCAAUGAUGAUGGAACCUACCAGCUGAGGAAGAGCGUGGAGAUCCAUGAGGAUGAUAAAGCCAAAUACGACUGUUACGUGUCUCACAGCUCCCUCCCAGAACCAGUGAUUAAACCAUGGGUCCGAAGACAUUCUAUCGGCGCUGAUGUGGGAAUUUAUAUUGGAGGUGGAAUCGGAGCUCUGGUCGUUCUGGGACUGAUUAUGGCUGCUGUCAUUCUUUUCCUUAAAAAGAAAAAGAGUGAAUCGACAAGCGUCAGCACUGUGCCACUUCAAUCAGUCUCAGCUGGGAAUGGAAAUGGAAAUCCUGCUGCGAAUGUGCCGCCUAUAGGAAACGGAAAUGGAAAUCCUGCUGCGAAUGUGCCGCCUAUAGGAAACGGAAAUGGAAAUCCUGCUGCGAAUGGGCCGCCUAAAGACAACGAUGAUAAAUCUCCACAGGGCAGCAAUUCAACACUUAAUACAGUCUCAACUGAGAGUGAUAACAAGGACUCUGAGAAGGAAAAGCUGCUUCAAGAAAAUGAUGCCGAACCUGGUGAAAAAGACUCUGGAAGAGGAAGUAAAACACCCCCCAGGAGCUCCAAUGAAAACUCUGACAACUCGUCACAGUCUGGCUCCAGCAGUAACGGGUCACCACGCGGCAGUGCGGAGGAUGUGGGAGCGGAAAAUGAUCAGCAGCAGGAGCAGGAAGUGGCACUGCUGGAUGAUCAAGAUGAUUAAUCAACCCACCUACAGUCCAAUCAGUCGAAACAUGAUGUUUAAUUCAGCCAGUCUAUCGUAUCUCUCUACCUGCUGGUGUUAACUCCUCCCAUUUAAACAAACAUCAGAUAAUACAGAACUCACCUGCUCAUCUCCUCACCUGAAUUUAACCUCUUCUCCUCAUUACUGAAGCUCUUUAUUACCUCCCUCCAUCCUCCCUGUAUCGUAUACACUACUGCUCUUUACCAUAAUAUCCAAUACUUAACCAUAUUUACACACGUUUACAUCUCAGUUUUAAAAUCACUACUCUUUAUGAUCUUACUAUUAUACUGUGUUAUUAUCAUAUAAGUGGUACAAACUCCUCUUCAGGCUUUACCAGAGAGCUAGUUGGAUUUAUGGAAAAAAAAAAUGUGACUUUAUCUGUAAAUAGACUCUAAUUUUUUCCCAUAUGCAUUUUUUACUGUCCCUCGGACGGUGGGACCAUGGGAGUCUUGCUAUGAACAUAUAAAAAUUGGAAUUAUUUCUAAUAAAAUAGUGGGUAAAUGUUUUGAAUAAAGUGGCUAAAAGUGGAAGCACAUACAAAUUAGAUUUUCUAAUUAAUUGGCCAUAGAGUGGAAGAACAGGGUAGGUAGGUGUUUCCAAUAAAGUGGCCAGAAAUUGGAAGGACGGGGUAGGAAAGUGUUUCUAAUAAAGUGGCCAGAGAGUGGAAGCUCAAGGUAGGUUGGGUUUUCUACUACAGCAGUAGAAAAAGUGUUUCCAAUAAAGUGGCCAGAGAGUGGAAGCGCAGGGUAAAGAGGGGUUUCUAAUAAAGUGGCCAGAUAAUGAAAGCACUGUGUAGUUUGGGUUUUCUAAUAGAGUAGUAAUUAAGUGUUUCUAAUAAAGUGGUCAGAUAAUGAAAGCACAGGUUAAAGAGGUGUUUCUAAUAAAGUGGCCAGACAAUGAAAGCGCAGGGUAGGCUGGUGUUUCUAAUAAAGUGGCCAGAUAGUGGAAGCACAGGGUAGGUUGGGUUUUCUACUAAAGUAGUAGGUGUUUCUAAUAAAGUGGCCAUCUCUCAAACUAUUAAAAUCCACUGCUAUCUAAAACUGUAAAAUUUUUACUUUUAUAUUACCAUCAUACCAGUGACACUAAAUUUAUCUUAUAAUAGCAAUAAUAUAUUUAAUCACACUUAUUUCUGGGAUGAUAUAUCGUUCAUUAAAACAUGUGACAGACCUAAACUGUGAUGUUUUUCUCUCUCUAUUUUUUUUAAACAAAAAAAGGAUGGAUAUUGAAAGCAUGUUUUUAUCUGAGUGAAAAAUACUGACUUUCCUAUAAGAAUGUUUAAAAUGUUUUAAGCUCUUAUAACAAGUAAAAAAUAUGUUUACUAUUUUACUCAGAGCUUAUUUUAUACUUGUAUUGUGGUUGGUGAUGUUGUACAAUAUAAUUAUUAACAACUUUUACAACUUUUAUGCUGCGAAUUAAAGCUAAACAUAUGUAAACAGAGAUAAACACUUUAAGGUUUACUCUGGGUGUCAGAGAUUUAUAUUUUUUCCAUAAGAAGAGGGUAAAUGAAGCAAAUGUCAUUAUUUUUAUAUUUUAAUAAAGCACUAAACUAUCAAGAAAA